ACGGUUUAUUUGGAAUUGCGCCACAGUGUGCGUGACAUAUUCUCGCGCUGUCAUAGGCGAAAUUGAAUUUGGGCUUGUGCCAUACAGUUUGUAAACAAAUUGGUUUCAGGCGUUUCGUGAAAGGUCCGCUCAGUCAGCCAUGGCCGACAAAGGUUUGGUGAAACGGAUUUCGCUUUCGUCGAAAAACCGUUCUAGCUUUACAGUUCCUGGAUCCGCUAGCACAGUUCCUGGAACAUCGAGUGGUGCAGUUGCAACAGCCAUCGGGGCGGGUAGUAAGCUACCACCGGCUGCCAAGCAAAUGGCUAAUGCAGUUUCUUCGCCCGGUUCCCCGGAUCAAGCUGUACUGAUUCCACACAUCAAAACGACCGACAAUCUGAAGAUGCUGCCCAAGUAUAUGGCUACGCUCGCCAAUACAACCGAUGAACUGGUUUCGGCGGAAGACCUGGAUACAAUUCAACUUGAGUUGGAGUCGCUUCUUUCAACGGUUGCCCUGCGUUCCAGGGUCUUAAAGGCGGAGCUAGAAACUAUCGACAAAGCCGACGAGCGGCGCGAACGUAAAGGGAAGCACAUGGAGAAGGCUCCCGCUUCCCCGGGCAAACGGAGGCGUCUGGAAGAGAAGCUAAAGCUUCGCGAAAGUGCUGGUAAACUAAUCGGCCAUCAGAUAAAAAUAUCCAAAAUAAAGCACGCCGCUACGAUCGUACCACCCUCACCGGCACCGUCACAGAACACAGACGACAGCAUGGAUGCGGUUCCAUUUCUACCACAAAAUCAUCAUUUACAGCACAUUGGCAGCGACAGUUCGAAGCCAAUCGUCCCGAAGGACGAUACACCGAACAAGUUUUGGCUCUCGGUAGAACCGUAUUGUAUGCCCAUCUCGCAUGAGGAUCUGAAGCUUUUGGACGACUUGCUCGAAGAAUACUCUGGACCGUUAAUACCACCCAUACCGGAGCUAGGACCGCAUUACAGUACUCAAUGGGCAGCAGAUGAUAUAAGAGAAGAACAGGAUUGCGUUGCCAGUUCCGCCACUUCUAAGACGAAAUCGAAAAAUCUUACCAAUGGCGAUGUAGGCAAGAAGGAAAAGUUGAUGGGUGAGGGAAUCACAGGUCCGCUCACGCAACGCCUUGUUUCGGCUUUGAUGGAAGAAAAUUUACACCCAGACAGCAAUAGUACCAGCAACGAGAACAGCAACAGCAGUUCCGAUGUCACCAACAGUAACAAUGCGCGCAGUGCCGUGGCAUUACUUAAGAACGGGAUUAGUAUAGAGCGGCGACUGCGCAAGGAACUGAUAGAGCAGGGCAUUUUGGACGCCGACGACAUGCCGAAGAGCCAGCAGGAUGACGAAAUCUUGUCCGAGAUCAAUCGCGUCCGCACCGAGCUGGUUGUUAUCGCGGAGUACAAUUCAAACGAGAUUCGGAAACUGCAAUCGAUGGCGAAAGACGAGAUGAAACGGAUCGAAGUAAAGAGAAAGCUGGAUCGCGUCGAUCAAGAGCUUAUGGAAUGCUAUCAAAAAGUAAUUGCAGCCCGGCUUAAAAGGCGUACAUUGACUAAACAGGAAAAAGAUGAAGUAGUUCGGUUGGCAGAGGAACAAAAGCGGUUGUCCGACCAACUGGAAUUAAUGCCUGUUCAGGGUCCGUUCGGGCGCAAUUAGAGAGCUUUGUGCAUGCAUAAUCCGCAAGUAUGCCCGAGAAAAGCUCUCCGAAUAUGCAGCAUACGGUUUAACAGUCGUUUGAACAGUUCGUUAUGAA